AUGGACAGCUUCCUCAGCUCCUCGCGGCCUCUGGGAGAGGAGUCUCUGCAGAUGUGGGACCUCAACAAGCGCCUGGAGGCCUACUUGGCCAGGGUGAAGUUCCUGGAAGAGGAGAACGAGCUGCUGAAGGCCGAGAUCCAAGGCCUGAAGGGGGGCCUGGUGGAGACCCCCUGGAGGGCCAAGUACGAGGUGGAGGUGGCCACGCUCCGGGCCACCCUGGACCAGGCCUAUCAGGAGAAGUGCGUGGUGGAGCUGGCCCGGGACUCCCUCUACGAAGAGGUCCAACAGGUGCAGAGCAGGUGCCAGAGGGAGAGGGCGGCCCAGGAAGAGGCCAAGAUGUUCUUGUCCCUCAGCAAGAAGGAGAUGGAGGAGGAGAAGCGGGCCCACAUUUGGCUGAGGGAGAAGGCCACCCAGCUGGAGAAAGAGGUGGAAGACCUGGUGGCGGCCCACCAGGAGGAGCUGCUGCGGCUGGACCAGGAGACGACCAGCUUCUCCCAGAGCCUGGACGGCUUCCGUGCGGCGCCCGUCUGCUUCCAGCCGGUGGGAGUGGAAGACUACGCCAAGAGGCUCACCAACAUCUGGAAAGGAGCGGUGGAGACCUACAAGAUGGAGGUCUCGCAGCUGGAGGCUUCCCUCUGCGAAGCCAAGGAGAACCUCUGGAAGGCCACCGAGCACAAGCGGCAGAACCAGCUGCAGCUGCAGGAGCUGGAGAAGGAGCUGGCCAGCCUCAAGGCCCGCAAGAAGACCCUGGAGGGGAGCCUCUCCCAGCAGUGGGCUCAGCAGCAGGGCGACGCCGAGAAGCUGCAGAUGGCCAUGGAGGCGCUGGAGGAGGAGAAGCAGGCGCUGCGCGGCCAGAUCGCCCAGGUCCUGGAGGACCGGCAGCAGCUGGUGCACCUGAAAAUGUCGCUCAGCCUGGAGGUGGCCACCUACAGGGCCCUCUUGGAAGCGGAGAGCUCCAGGCUGCAGCUGCCGGCAAGUGAUCUCCAGCUCGCCCGGGAGCUCAGAGAUGCAACAAGUGAAGCAACGCUCGGCCGGUUCCAGGGGCCGUCGGUGGAUCAGGGCCGCUCGGGGAGCCGGGAUGUCCGCCCCAGCCCUGCCGCUUUCCCAAUGCUUUGGGGGUUCCAGAGCAAAGCCGAGUCACCCUCCUGGGGGGCCAAGAUCCCGAGCUCAGCGGCCAGGGAGUUCCAGAAGGCCAACGCCUCCCUCCGGCAGUCGCAGGCCACCAAGAGCGCCGAUGGGCUGCUGCCGCCACCAAAGGAGGCCUCUGCUUUCCGCCUGGACGCCUCCCAGCGCAGCCAGAGGGUGACGGUCACCCACAUGGAGAGCCUGGCCCAGUCCAUCUUCUGCAGCCACCCCCCGCUGGCUUUCAACUCCGUGGAGCCGGAGGAGGCUCUGGGAAGGUGCCCCGGGGGCCUGGCCGAUGGAGGGGAGAGCGGAAAGGAAGAAGCGGAGAGGGAGGCCGAAGGUGGAGGAGAGGAGGAGGAGGGAAGGGCCUCUGGGGAAAAGGAGGAGGGAGAAGAGGGGCCCCCAGCGGAGGGAGAAGCCCCAGGCGGGCCCUUCCUGAGCCAGAUGGUUUCUGAAGCCGUAGAAACUGCGAUCCAGGAGGGGAGCCCCAGAGAAACCCCCCUUGAAUCCAGCUUGCUCAAGGCGGGGAAAAGCCCAGCGGGCGUUUCUUCCGAAGAGGAGCAGCCCCUCCCCCUGAGGAGCAGCGAGGGGCUGGAGGAGGCCCAGGAAGAGCACCGAGGAGGGGGCCAACCCACCGACCCCCUGGAGGAGCUCCGGGUCUGUGAAGACUUUGCAGAGGUCAAUGGUGGCCAGGAAGCCUGGGCUGAGCUGCACGGGACCGAAGAGGCCUGGCCGGCUCUGGAGGCAGAGGCCCCCUUGGCCCUGGGAGCAGAAUUCCCGAGAGCAGAACCGAGGGGAGGAGGAGGAGGAGAAAAGGAGGCCGAUGAAGAAAGGGGGUCCCCAGAAUGGAAGGAGAGACGGGGGGAGGAGGAGGAAGAGCUGCCUGCUUUACUGGGGGAGGUGCUGGGCAAGGCAUUGGGAGAAGCACCCAAGGACCCAGAAUUUGCCCCGGAGGCCACCACCAAUGUGAACGGCAGCCAGGAAGGCCCAGAGCUGGGCAGCCCCCCAACCGAUGUCCUCCAAGGGGGCCCAGAAGUGGACCCAGAGGAGGACUGUGGAGGGGCUGAAGAUGUCGAGGUGGUCAGCCCAAAAGCUCUCCUCUCCCAGGAAAGGAGAGAGCCCCAGAGUCCCCCCAGGUGUGAUCUGCAGGCAGAGCACCUGGAGCGGGAGGGAAGCCCAGCCAGGGGGGGCUGCUCACCCACCCCCCCUACGGUACUGCCUGCCGGUGAAGACCAGAAAGCUGCUCUCGUCCUGGAGGCAGAGCAGGAGACCUGGGAGAGGCGAGAAGAGCGGCUUCCGGAGACCGAGGAGAAGGAGGAGGAGAAGGUCUUCGGCAUGGGAGAGGAUGCCCCGCCCAGAAGCUCAGGUCCUGCCAUAGAGGAAGAGCCAAAGGCGGUUGAGAGCAGGGAAGUCACGGAAGAGGAGGAGGAGGAGGAGGAGGAGGAAGAAGAAGGGGCUGUCGGACCUCUUCCCACAGAAGAUACGGGAGAUGAAGGGAGAAGGGAGGCCGAGGGCUGCUUCGAUUUGGAGGCACCCAAAGGGAUCGUGGAAGUGGGCGCAGCCUUGCCCAGAGAGGACCUGGCAGGCGUCCAGGGGCAGGAGACGCUGCAAGGAGAGCAAAGCAGGAAGGGGCCUGAGGAGGAGGAGGAGGAGCAGAAAGGGGGAGGGGGGCUCCCAGAGACCCCGUUGCAAGCUGAAGGGAGCCCCCUGGAGGAAAGGGACUUGGCGACAAUCUCCGGAGGGCCAGAAAGUGAGGACGUCGCAGAUGCCCUGCAGAUGGAAGAGCUACGUGGUGCCGUGGUGACAGAGAGCCUGCUGCAGGUGAAGGAAAACGGCCCCGGGGGCUCCGAGGAGAAAGGAUGGGGGCUGGACAGUCCCCAGGCAGGAGAGCAGCUGGCCGAGGCUGAAGGCCCCUCCAUGGAAGAGGCCACCAGCCCAGAAGACGUCCAAGAGGCCAAGGCAUCCCAGAGGGAGGAUUCAGGGUCCCAGGAGACCCCCGAACACUCAGACUUCGUCCCAGAUGCCCAGAGGGAGGGAGGAGGGGCCGGGGAGGAGAACGUCCAGCGAGGAGAGACCUUGCCAGGCCAGCCAGCUUUAGACAAUGGGCUGACCAUGCCUGAGACUCCAGCCCUUCUUCCUUCCUCAGAGGGGGAAGAGAUGUCCAUUUGGACGCAAGAGGCGGAGGCCCCCGUAUUAGAAGAAGAGCCUGCAAGCCUUUGGCUGGCCAAGGAAGGCGGAGGGGAGGAGGCCCCUCCAAAGGGAGAAAGCGGCCACCGGGCACAGGAAGAGGGGGGGCCAAGCUCAGAGGAGCCAGGGGGUUCGGCCGAAGCCCUCAUCCAAAUGUCGCCGCUCACAGAAGACAGGGAGGCGGAGGGCGCCGGGGAGGCUGAGCAGGAAGAGCAGGAAGGGGCCCGUGGCCUGGAGCCAGAGGAAGACCCCUGGCAGGAGGGGGAGGUGGCCAGAAGCCCAGCCACCCCCAAGGAAGAGGUGGGCGCAGGACUCCCCUUGGAGCCAGGAGAUGGCUUGGGGUUCCCAGCGGACGGGUUGGACCCCAGCUACACCCAGCAGGAGGAGGAGGAGGAGGAGGAAGAUCAGGGGCCCUUGGAAUUUAGCGACCGAGAGCCUAUGGAUGUGGCCCCUGCCAAGGUUUCCCCCCUGACCAGCGUCACGGAUUUGGGAGAAAUAGUGCUGGAAGGCGACCGCGCUCUGAGUGGUCCGAAGGGGGCUGUGGAACCUGACCUGCUAGAACCCUGUGAGGACGAAGGUUUCCAUGUCUUGGAUCCAGAAGAUCUGAUCCAGCAGAAAAUGGUGGCUGUGGAAGAUCCCCCAGGAACCGGCUUCCCGGAGACGUUCCCAGAGGACGUGGUGGGUCUUCCGCUAGACAGCAAGAGAGACCCCAACAUUCUGGAGAUUGUAGAACAAGCUCUGGAGUUCAACCAAGAGUUGAGGAAGGCAGCUGAGGACGAGCUGGGAGGGCUUGGCUCCCCGGAAGGAAGGCCUCUCGAUGCUCCCCCGGCCGCUCCGGGCCAGGGGCCACCCCUGGCUCCUACAGAGGCUCUGGAAGGCUCUCCUCCCACCCCAAGGGAAGCCCACCCAUUGGGGGGCAGCCAGGCUAACGGGCUUCAGGAGGAGCCAAGCUUGGAUGGGUUCCCACGUGAGCUUCUCAACAGCCUUGGAGACGAGGAUUUCACCCAGGAGGGGACUGUCGCCCCACAGUUCUGCACCGAGGGCAACUCCCCCGUGGCAGAGACCCCAAGCCAGAGUCCACCCCCAGUCCCAGCCGGCGAAGGAGGGUUUAGAAGUGGACACGGCAGCCCUGAGGUUCUUGAGAAGGUCCCCCUCGGUCAGGAGGCCCUGGAUGAGAACAUCCUGGACGACCUGCGGCAGAAGGCCUGUGUGAAAGGAGGCAAGGAGGCCAAGCUGGAGCCCUUCCUGUUCAGGGACGAGAUUCGGCGCCAACCCCUGGGAUUCCGGCCAGAAGGGGACCUGGAUCUCCAGCCCUCGGAAGACGCCUGAAAGGUCCCCGUUGACCCCUUAAUUCCAGCCAGUGACAAGCCGCGUAGUUCCCGCUAGACGCUCCCCUUCUGUCUCAGCCCCCACCCACCCCGACUUUCUUUCCUUCCUUCCUUCCUUCCCUCCCUCCCAAUUUGAGGUAGCCCCACUGACAAUCAGAAGCUUCGAUAGGCCACGUUUUCAGCCCUUUCAUGUUUUCCACGGUAGGCUUUUUCUAAAAUACCCUUUUUUUAAAAGGGAGAAGGCAUUCAAGCCCAGUGUCUGAUAGCCUUUGUCUUCCCCUGAAGUGUAACCCGCAAUUUGGCAAAACUGUUUUGUUUUUGUUUUCUUAAGAAAGUGGAAUGUUUCAUCCGGCUCUAGUCCUGCCCAUCAGGAAAACAAGUUGUUUAGGAAGGUCCAGUCUCACACCUUGUUCUUCUAAGUGAGGCGCCCUGAAGUUCUCCGGCCAAACUUUUACAGUGUCCCUCCUCCCCACCGUUACCUGGGUCAGAAGUGCUUCACCCAGCG